CGUGAGGCACUUCGUUCCAGAGAGUUAGACUUCCAGUUUGAAAUUCCGUGACUACCCUUUCUUUUGCCCUCCUUGCGUUUCGGUUUCACCUCUUGACAAUAGUCGCGGUUCCUCUGUUUACUCGCCUGUCUGCGAGCCUUUGCCUCCGCCUCCUCCUCUGUCUCCUAUUCUAUGGCCGGGAUUGCUAUACUUCGUGCGAUGUUCACGAGUUUCUUCCGUCCCUUACUACGUUUAUUCUUCUCUCCGCGAGUUGUCAUCGUCUCCACCCUGUCUCGUUUUCUCUACUUGUCCACUCUUCCAUUUUGGCUCCCUGUUGCACCUUACGAUCUCGGGUAGUUCUGUAGAAGCUGUAGCAGCAUUGGUGCGGCCGUUCCGGGGUCGUGUGCCUUCCAAUAUUCCAAUAUCACAUGCGCCUACAGGCGUAGGGUUUGGUUUUGGUUCGUUUCCUUCUCUUUUUGUUGGUGGUUGAUUUUGGUGAGCUGAACCGUACCUUGGGAGGAAGGUCCUCGUCGUUGUGGCCCCGAACCAGCAUAGAUAAGGACGAUAGAUUCCUGGAUCCGAUAGCUGAUGUAGUCCAUUAGGUCGCGGAUUGAGCCCAGGAGCUGAAUCUGAAUCAUCGCACGCAAAGUGCCUGAAUUUCUUAGGAUCAAUCUGUUAUUAGCAGUUAGUUGGAGAUGCCCGAUGCGGCGUUGUUGCUCAUAGCCUGAUUCACCCUUGCUGAGAUUGGACUCGCACUGCGGGGAACAGGAGUGUUAAUCGAGUCAGAACGGGCCUUUGUCAUAUGGACCGGGAGUAGAGGAUGACUUAGUGAUGGAAGUAGAUUAUAUGCGCGCAAUCAAAGCAUUACACGGAAAGGUGUGAGAAGCGAGCAGCCCGCGGUGAAAGUGACCAUUAUAUACUACAUUGGAGUACUUGUUGUUGUUUUUUGACAUUCUAGAAUUGAAAGUGAUGGAAGAAGCUGCAGUGAAGAUACAGGCCUCAUAUCGGGGUUUCUACGUGCGACAAUGUCAACCCUUGCGCAAACUCCGCCAAAUUGCAGAUGUGAGGACGAAGCUGAAGAAGUUGAACACGCGAGCUUGUGAUCCUGGCUACAUUAACAAGCUAUGCAUCGAUCCCAUGGAGAAUCGCAAGAUGAAAGAGGAAAUCAUGGCUUUGCUUCUUGAACUGGAUGCCGUUCAGGGGGUUCUUCCCGUAGUUCGGAAAAUUCGGAAGAGCCUUGCUCGAGAUGUCGUGCAAUUCCAAGAAAUAGUGGAUGCCGUCACAGUCGAUUCUGAUGCAGGGAACGACGCCGAAGAACCAGUUCCUCGUCCAAGUGCACCAGCUGCUUCUCGCGCAAGCGGACCAGCGAAUCCCCCCAAUCCCCGUGGAGCCGACCAGGCAAGUGGUCGGCCAAGUGCACCAGUUAAUCCUCCUCUCCGGAGAGUAAUGAGUCUAGACAACAAUGUCUACCCAGAGCAAUCUUACGCGCAUAACCUCAACAAGAAGAAGACGCCUCUGGACGGGGGUGGGUUCGAGGGUUACAAUCGCAGUAGCGAUGAAGAUGCGGGUCCAAGACGGCGACCAGACGGGACGGUGAGGAGUCCUUUUCUAGGGAGAAGCAUGAGUGGAAAUCACAAACUCUUUGCGAACAAGAGUGCCUUGUUGGGAAGGGCUGGGAAUGCGAGCGUCCGGAGCCCUUUGUUAGGCCGAAGCAUCAGCGAGGUUGUGAGGAAACCCAACAACCGGAGCCCCCUGUUGGGUCGAAGCAUCAGUGAGGUGCAGCGGAAGAAAGGCGAUAUAGAUAGUCCGGCGGUAACAAUAAUUCCAGAUGCUAUCCGUCAAUCUCAACCGAAGACCCCUCCUAUAUCUGAUGAGCGAGCAUCCGCAGCGGAUAUGAACCCCCGUCCAGCUAUUCGAAGGUCAUUCUCUUUUGACAGACUUCAAGCUGCUGUACUCAUCCAGUCGACAUACAGGGGUUAUUUGUCUAGACGAUCGAGACCUUUGGAGCAUUUGCGGAAUAUCUCGGUGGUGAAUAGGAGACUGGCAGAGCUGAACAGCGAGCUCGUAGAUCCUAUUUGCGCUGAAAGGCUGCGAACUGACGGAAUGGAGCGCCUGAAGUGGUCUGAAGAAAUCACAGCACUAUUGCUGAAGCUUGAUAGCGUGCAGGGUGUCGUGCAAGCCAUCAGAGAUAUCAGGAAGAGUGUGACUCGAGAAGUGAUAAAGCUUCAAGAGAAGGUGGACCAUAUCAUCCAUGAAGCCGAAGUUUUGUCUCGUAUGGCUGAUAUCCACAGCGAUUCGAGUGUUGAGAGUACCGAACAUUUCAAAUGCACUGCAAAUAUUCCAACACUCUAUGAGAUGCCGGUACCAGAUCAAGAGAAUUCGAAGAACGUCGGGGAAAUAGGCUUGUCUCCGAAAGCCUCAGCACAAUCCAGCUCCAUUCAGGGCAGCGGUGGUGUACCUAUUUUGAGACCGUUGGGUGAUACUCCUCUUUGGGAUGAUAAAUUUGUAGAUUUGCAGAAACCGCAGAAACUGGAGCAGGAUUGUGAUCUGAGCACAGGAAGUUGCGCUGGCGAGAGAGUUACUUGUGAAGUAGAGCAGCAACCAGAACAGGCGAGAGCACAAAGGAAUCUCAAAAGAGUUCAAAGUGGGUCAGACUCGAGUACGAGAGCAAUGGAGUUUCACCAGGGUGACGUCAUGAGCUUAGGCAGAUCUCCCUCAGAGGAUGAAAGACCUUUGACUGUGUCUUCCUCUGAGUCCGCUGCAUCUUUGCAGGGUAAUGGCACAUCUCAGCCUCUAGUACACAAGGGAGAAGUCGACUCCCAACACGCUGUACUUGCAGGGAUUCCGAAAAAACUCAAGAGAGUAGAGAGCGGUACUUCGAUUGGCGCUGUCGAUCCCCAGUUGUUUUCUACCGUCGCAGGGAUUACGAGAAAUUCCAACGGAUUUGUUCUCAGGCCUGUGAAAACAAUCCUCGAUGGAAACGCUCAAGCUGUAAGAGCUCCAAAUACAUCUGUGCAUAGAACAAGAGUCCACAUGCGCAGCACCGAUGAUUCUUCUCCAUCUCCGAGACAAGCGGAAACCGAUAGCGACUCGAAUGAUGUUCGUAUGCUACCAGAUAUGGAGUUCCUAGUGGAUAGGUCGAAACAGGGCUGCUGCAAUGGGAGAUCUCCAGAUGGACUCGAUCUUUUUGAAGAGAGAGCAUACGAAUUUCUUCGAUCACAACCCGGCCACUGGGAAGAGCUAGAAACUGCACGUGAAGAAGUUUCCCAAGGACAGAGUGCUGAAGACGCCAAUCUACCCACGACCUCAGAGGCACCUGCCGCACAGAGUUCGUCGGAGGACCAGUCGGAGGACGAUCGUGUGACUGACUUAAUGAUUGAAAAUACGAGGCUGAAACUCCUACUCAGCCAAGUACUCGAACAAGCCGAACAAACAGUCCAAGAUCUGAAAGCCACGAAGAUGAGACUUGCAAAGCUGGAGAAGGAACGUUCUCAACACACGAAGAGGGAAGAAACGGGUGUUCGGAAAAAGAACCCUUAUAACAGGAGGAGGAGGUGAUAACUCGAAACGCUCAAGUAGGAACCGUGAAUAUGGGGCCAGUCACCUAGCUAGCAUUGUAAAUACGAAGUUGAUGUCCAUUACUCCAAGUUCCCUGGCCAUGUCGGAGAUGGAGCUUGUUUUUGACACUCGCUACGUCUUUCCUCGGACUGUAAAUAGAUGUUUACAGGUCAUGUAGAAUAGAUUGAAGUAUUCUCAAAAUGGUGCAGGCCAGUCUGCCCACAUUGAUGUAUACUAGCAUGAACUUCAGAGGUGUUUUUGUUCAGUCUACAGAUGUAUCAUGGAGAGUUGUACCAGCCUUACGGCGUCUCUUUUAAUUCAAUCUCACUUAAUUAUUUCCGUGUAGUUAACAUU